AUGUCAUACACAAAUCGUUUUCCCCCGACACAACACACCAGAUACAGAAGUAGCUGGGGUCCAUCUUCGGUAUCAGCUUUCACACGUGCUGAUGUACCGAGAACUUCUCCUGAGGAAGAAGAAUACGAGUUUUAUCACGAGAGAAUUCAUUCCGCCCAAAACAGACAAUUAAUUCCAUUGCAAGAGGACUUGGCUGAUUGGAUUAAUAAAAUUAUUAACGUGGAUUAUAUAACCGGCGAUAAUUUCUUCGAUACUCUAGAUAAUGGAGUAAUAGUAUGCAAAUUAGCACGAGUUAUUCAAGAAAAAGCUCGUGCCGCUAUUGACGCUGGAUUAGCCAAAGGACCGGUACCAGUAAUCCGCGGCCGUUGUUGGGAAAAUGCAGCCAGGCGUAGCUUUUUUUCCCGUGACAACAUGGAAAACUUCAUCCAGUUUUGCAGACGGUUGGGUGUGCAUAACAAUUUAUUGUUCGAAAGCGAUGAUUUGGUACUUCAUGGACAGCCACGUAAUGUCGUGCUGUGUUUACUGGAAGUAGCGCGAUUAGCUUCGAAAUAUUCUUUAGAACCACCAGGACUGGUACAAUUGGAACGUGAAAUUGCUGAGCAAGAACGAGAAUUACAUUGCAUGUCUGAUAGCGGAAUAUCUCAUAGCAGUUUAGUUUCAUGGCAAUAUCAACCCCCGUCACCGGUUCCUUCACCUCCACCACCCAAGGAAAAAAUAAAACAUAGCUGCUCGGCGUCUGAAAUUACCACGAUGACUUUGUGGAUUAAUCCGAUACCACCGACGACACCACUGGAGCCUCCGACGGAAAUGCGUCGCUCAGUGAGCGAUAAUGGACCAACUGGCAGCGACGGAGUACCGAGUGACACCACUGAGGACGAUUGGUCACGCGGGAGCGCUGAAGAUCCGGAUGAGCUUCCGUCCCCAGUCAGCUCACCGUCACCAGCAGAACCACCAGAACAUGUUGGACCAAUUACUGAACUUGACAGAAAAUUUGUUCGGUUUGUCGACGAGGAUACUCAGUCGCCAGGAAAAUUAAUCUCAAAUCCACCUGUACUAACAGUACGGCGGGCUGCAGAAGCUAUUCAUAGACUUUGUCAGUGUUCAAACGAAAAGUGUUCCAAGUUGAAAGUACGGAAAGUCGGCGAGGGACGGUAUAACAUUGCCGGGCGCAAUGUCUUCAUUAGGCUUCUUAAGGGAAGACACAUGAUGGUAAGAGUUGGCGGCGGAUGGGAUACUCUGGAGCACUUUUUGUCAAGACAUGACCCGUGUCAGGUGAGGGUCCUCAGCCGUGAAAGCACACCGCCUCCUCACACAACCGCCAAGCACACAAAUUUUCUCCACAUACGUGCUAAAUAUCGCAGCUCACCCACAGAAUCAAUCUCAAGACGUUAA